AUGGUUACUCUAGAGCAUGAACUUCAUUAAAGAAGAUUAGAUGGAAUCAGACCGAGAAUUGACUAGAAAAGACCUCUCACUCCAAGUUGCUUGCUUAAUAAAUAAAAAUAGAAAUUCAUAAGGGCGGAGGAGUAAUAUGAAAUUUUUAGGAAAAAUCAAAUCUUAAUGCAGAAAACCUACAAAAUUAUCUAGAAUUCUAACUAGUUACAUCCUAAGUAAUUGCUACAAAAAAAGCCUCCAACUAUUGGUUCUUUGAAUACUAAAGUGAGAGUAGACGAUUUGAAGAAAAUUUGGCAAGAAAAUAACAGAUUUCUCUCUAAGCUAUAGACAAUUAAAACAAACUACCCAAUAAAUCAUUUGAAGCAAAAUGCUAGGAAUAACGAGAAGAUGAAAACAAAUAUUCAAUAUAACAGCAAUCGAUUUGAGAGAAAUAAUUUUUUCUUGAAACUUGAUAAAAAAGGGAGUGUCUUAGGACAAAGUAAUCAAAGAGUAUUUGAAAUAAGUUCUCCAAUAACUAAAAACAAAGUAAAAUUUAAGUUAUUCAACUUAUCAAUAGAGACCAUUAUCAACAGACUUAAGCACAUGGACUUAAAUGAAUUUGCUGAAAAUAGAAGCUAACAGUAGUUCAAAGAUUUAUUUCCAUCUCAUUCAAGAAAAAUUAGUGCUCUCCAUGAUGAUAAUAACCAAAGUUAAAAACAUCAAAGAAGUGAAAGCCAUAAUAUUUAUCCAGUAGUCUUCAAAGACAUUGGAGUCAAUUAAAAUUGA